AUGGCUUCUACUACUUCCUCUCCUCCACCGGAGACGGCGUCUUCACAGAAUAAGCGAAAGGCCUCCGCUGCUGGCCUAUCUGCAGCAAAUCGACCAAUUAAGCGAAGGGCGUCUCGUGCUUGCUGUUGCUGUCGAGCACGCAAAGUCCGUUGCGAUGUCGUUGAAAAUGGCUCGCCUUGUACCAAUUGUCGUCUAGACCAGGUGGAAUGCGUUGUUACGGAAAGUCGCCGGCGAAAGAAAUUUCGUGUCGAGGCCGAAGCCAGCAAGACAACACCAGAGUCAUCCGCCGAGUUGUCUGAAGAUGUGGCGAAGCGACGAACUUCAAGCUAUGGCACAGAUGCGUUCGAUCAACUAGGUCUGGAUGGUCUUACAACGCAGGACGACCCUCUAUCGCCAUUCCAAGAAUCCAUUGAAUUGGACCAAGGACCGCACAUGCCACAUUUUAUCUACCAAUCACGUGGCUCGCUUGAUAAUGACAUCCCAGAAAGGCAUUCUAGUUAUUCUCAGUCAAUGUCGCUUGCAGCUAAUAUAGGACCCAAUGUUGCCGAUGCCAUACAGCAUUUACUCAGUCCCACGGGUCAAUCCAAUCAGUUGCCGAACUACAUUAGACGCCUUCCACAGCGCUUACAGACUGAGGAUCUCAAUUACUUACAGGCCAAGGGUGCCUUGACAAUUCCGGGUAGAGCUCUGCGAGAUGAAUUGCUCAAGGCUUAUAUUCAUUAUGUACACCCAUACAUGCCACUACUCGACUUGGAAGAAUUCCUUCAGAUUCUGGCUCGCAACGAUGGAACCCAUCACAUCAGCCUACUUUUGUUCCAGGCCGUCAUGUUUGCUGGUACCGCCUUCGUGGACAUGGAAGCUCUACGCAAUGCCGGAUAUAAUAAUCGAAAGACUGCCCGAAAAAUAUUCUUUCAAAGAGCAAGAUUGCUGUACGAUUUCGACUACGAAGUGGAUCGUAUUUCACUCGUCCAAUCACUCCUGCUUAUGACCUAUUGGUAUGAAACACCAGACGAUCAAAAGGACACUUGGCAUUGGAUGGGUGUGAGUUUGUCUCUUGCCCAUACGAUCGGUCUCCAUCGGGACCCCAGCAAUUCAGGGAUGGGCCCACGACGAAAACAGCUCUGGAAACGGAUUUGGUGGAGCACCUAUACGCGAGACCGACUGAUUGCACUGGGUAUGCGCCGGCCGAUGAGGGUAAAGGACGACGACUGCGACGUGCCCAUGUUGACACUUGACGACUUUGAGUUCAAGAAGUUCCCUCCCGAGGUGUUGAAUAUGCUUGGCGAGUGCGAGCUUCUAACGAAUACCGAGUAUCAACGACAUUUGGCUAUGAUGUUUGUUGAAAAAGCUAAGCUUUGUCUUUGCGUGAGCCACGUUCUGUCUGCCCAAUACUCUGUUCUCAGCCACCGAUUCGGAGGUACGACCGAGACUACCAUGAUGCUUGUGCCAAAGAAGUCGGAAGCUGGCACAAUUCAAGUUCAAAAGUGUGACGAGGAGUUGGAAAAAUGGCAAGCAAAUUUGCCGUCUGAGAUUCAGUACAUGCCGCUUGAACGCAUUGGCUCUCUUUCACCUGCGGAAUCUUCAUUACAAGUGCAUCGCUCUUUACUCCGAAUGAUCUAUCUUACGACAUCCAGCGCUUUGCACCGGCCCCAAGUGCUUCCCGCAAUGCCUUCCCCCGCUGUCGAGGCUGCAUUGCAAGAAGUUUCACGCAGCAAAGUGCGUUAUGCGGCAAUUGAGAUUACCAACACUGCACAAUGCCUUCAUCAGCUCGAUCUUACUCGUUACCUUCCAACUGCCGGCGUCACGGUUCUAUUACCUGCAGUAAUUAUUCAUUUACUAGAUGUCAAAUCCAACGAUGCCAAUGUGCGCAUGGUCAGUCUAGAGCGAUUCUACCAAUGUAUGCGAAUUUUGCAGCGUCUCCGUGAGAUCUACGCAUCCGCCGACUUUGCCACUUCAUUUUUGGAAGCCGCUAUCCGAAAGGCCGGUAUCUCGCUCAAUCUUUCCGAUUUGGAUGAAAAUGAACCAGCGGCUCCCGCUGAGACUGUCCGUCCCGCAGCCUUGACGCCACCCCCGGAGUCCUUGACACAGAAACUGCCAGAUCUUACCUACCCUUCGAGCUUCAAUCCGCCAUCUGCUAGCUUUACGAUCCCAGCCGAAACAAGCCACAGCACAACGUUGAAUCCAUUCGAUGUCGCCACGCCACCACAUUCUAAUAGCAGCGAAAACGGCAGUACUCAAAAUCUCAACCCGAACCUGUUCAAAGCGCAGCCUGACAUGAGUCUGAACGACUUCAUUGACUUGGCCAACGACGCCGAAGUAACUCAAAAUGAUUUCGACGCUCUCCUCAACUUUGACGACGGCGGCGUCGACCUAUUUGGCGCCGAAGAUGGCAUAAUGGCGUUUACAUUCAACAGUAACGUCAAUACCAACAAUCAUACGCAAAUUGAGAAACAACCUCAACAUCAAGCCAAGCCCGAUUAUGAUUACAUUCCCGAUUUCGCGAAUGAAAACAACGUUAAUAAUUUGUUCAACUAUGACUAUUCCAAGCGGAACGACGGCUUCUCUGGGGACGUUGACCCUGACAUGGGUCUAUCCCUGAAAUUAUGA